CAGCAAAGCUAGAUCUUCUCAGCAUGCAGUGCAAGAAGAUGUUUAAAAUGGAUUUCAGUUUUUCAUUUUCCCUGCCAUGCAUGCUGAUAAUCCUGACCAUUACUAGUGGCAAGAUUUGUACUGCCGAUAAUUCAACCAUUCCAAAGAAUUCCUCACCAGAACCAAAGGAUGCUCACCCAGUUAUAGCAUAUAAUUUGUCAAAGGAAGACAAAAGAAAGUGCCCUGGAAAUGAGACUUCCUUUAUUUGCUGUGUUGUUCAUAUUCAUUGUCUGCCUGAUGGAAAAAUCAGCCUGUCCUGUGAAAUAGGUGGCCAGUUCAAUGACAGUAUUUACUGGACUCUGAACGGAAAUCAUAUAAGUGAUACCUGUAUGAAGGAUAAUGGCAAUAAAGCUAUUUUGGAGAAGGGUGGCAAAUUCAUUUGCCACAGAGGAAAGCACUGUAGGAGUACUCCUGUUAAACUGUGGUGUAAUAAUGGGGAUCUGCUGCAACACCCACUCUUCCUGUAUGUCCUAACAGCCUGUGGCGGGGGAGCAGUUUUGCUAGCCAUCACAGCCUCAUUGAUCACAUGCUGCUGCAUGAAAGCCAAACACAACUUCAUUCAGGUGCCUGUGGAAGAUGAAAAGGAUGAGGGGAUAACCAUGUCUGCCAUUUCCAGUGAAAGACCAAAGAGUCCUCCUAAUGGAGACCAUUGUGAAGUUACAGAUGUCCUUGUUGAUAGUACCCCCAAUACUAGUGCACAAACCUGUGAAAGUUUCAAACCAGAUCAUAAGGAGGAUCCAAUUCCUUCAGUGGAACCUGAGAUGAAAUCAGAAUCCAGAAGAGAGGAGAAGGUGGGGACAGAAACAGAGUUCCAAGAGGUCACAGUUGACAAUGCAGCUCAGGAAGUUAUAGACGACUGUUUUCCUGAUCCGAUUGAUGCUUGAUCCUAUGUGCUCCCUUCUGCCUUCCCCAAGUCUGGGGAACUGGGGCUUCUUCAUUCCAAGCUUUCUCAGAAUAGUAUAAUGUCCUUUAUAAUUACUUACUUGCUAAUAGCACAAGCCUGCAAAACCAUUUAAAAUGAGCCCAAAUGUGGUAUUCUGUUGUGUUCCUACUCCUAAGAGCAUUUAUAAAAUUAAAUAUGAGAAAUCUAAACUCCAUUCUCCCCAAAUUGGAAUAAUUUCUCUUUGCUUCCAAGUCAGUGUUUGGCCUUCAAUCCCCAAGAUUCCUAGUUCAGCCUAAGUAGACAUACAACUGACUAAAUUCUAUCGAGGAAUUCCAGCUGUUCUUACACUGAAAUCAGAAACAAAAACUCUGUAGAAAAUUUUAGAGCAGGUUUUAAGCUACAUCAUUGAAAUGUUCAGCUGUUGCAGAUUUUUGUGAUUAAACAUAGUGUCUAUUUACUUUUGUGCUGAGGGUUUACAUGAAUCAACAUUGGUUCCUGGACCCCAAAAUCCAGGGAUUAGCAGCAGGCUCCUUAAGCUAUGUCACACAGGAUGUUCUCAAACUGCCUAUGACUUUUUUUGGGUCUUCUGUGCAAAGAUGGACAGUGACCUGUUGACAGUAGACCAUACGUCCAGAAAUUUCCCUCAGCCCAUAACUUUCUAGAGCCAUCUGUAUUAUGAACAAAAACCCUUUCACCCCAUUUUUGCAAUGCAGAGUGUAAGGAUUCUUAUCAUAUAUUUCUCUUGGACAUUUUGAAGAGAAUUAGGCAAAAGUAUUUUUAUAUACAUACUCUAGCUUUUAGUGUGUGACUAACAGAGAAGAACAGACUGUUCUCCCUCACCACGAUUUUGUAGAUGAUAUCAUCUUAAGUCAACUGCUUUCCAGCAGUCUUUUCAUAAUUUUGCUCAUCUUUAUUUAAGAUGUGCUUGCAGUUUAUUACAAAAAUAAAGAAUCAGAUAUCUUUUGAGUUUACCUGUCUUGUGAAUCUUGUUUUCUCCUUACUUGAAUAUCAGAAAUGUUUAUAGAAGAUGCCCUACUUUUUGUGGAACUUUGUGAGCAAAUUUAUGUAAGAGGAUAGGACUACUAGUUACAGUAGCUACAAACUACUUAAAGGACCAGUGCUUCAUGCUUCUAAAACCACCUGCCAUUUCUUGAAGGACAAAACCAGGAGAAGCAAUUGCCCCCACAUCUUCUUCCCGUAAAUGUCAGGUCAACCACUGUGAGAACCAUGAUAUGUCUAAAUCAGCAUCAAUUUAAUGCUGACCUUACCAUAAGAAAAAAGGGUUAAAACUUUUAUUUUUUAUAUGACACAUGGCCUUAAUUUAAUGUGAUAUUGAAACUAAGGCUUAAAACUCUUCCUUUCAGAGAAGAAAAGCUUUUCAUCUGCUUAGCAUGCUAUCGAAAUAUAAAUACAGUUUGCAGGAGUGUAUACUAUAAUGUGAACUGGCUGUAAGUGUAUCCAGUGCACUUAAAAAAAAAAAAA